ACCCCCCCAUUGUGCAUCCCACCACGUACAUACCUACUGUGGCCAAGGUUCUAAUAUUUUCUACAACAUCUAUCAACAGAUUGUAGGGCGUAUCUCCAAUGGAUGGUUCUCUUGUACCCGACGGAAAUCCAAACCUGUCACCAACAAGGUUUGUGAAGGUUUUCUUGCAUGGGGAGCACUUUGGAAGGAAGAUAAAUUUAACUGCUCACAACAGUUAUGACUCGCUGUCCUUCACCCUGAAAAGACUGGGAAGCAACUAUUCACUUUCACAGUACCAACUUAGUGGCUUGGAGAUGAGUGAAGAAGAAGGUGCAUUACAUGACGACUUCAUGUUUCUGUACGAUAACAUGGACGGUUAUCGUUUCUUUCUUGGUGAAGUCCCAUGGGAGGAUUUCACUGUUUCAGUCAAGAAGAUCUACAUUUUUCCUGGAGAAAAACAGGAUGAUAAUGAGGAAUAUCUGGAAGAGGGAAAUGGAGAUAACGGUGAUGGCAAUGUUGCUGCUGAUGGAGAUGAUGAUGCCACUGGUGAAGAUGGAGCCCUGGACGCUGUUGUUGCUGAGGAUGAUGGAGAUGGAGAUGAGGACGAAGGUGACAGAGCUGUUGACGAGGAUGGAGAUGGAGCUUAUGAUGAUGAAGACAGAGAUGUUGGUGAUGAUGAAGAUGAUGCUAGCUCCGAGGGCAAUGAUGGUGGUGCCGCAGAGUAGGCGAGGAAUAUUAAGUGACAUGCAUUAGCAUACCUCGCAAGCCUCGUUGUAGUUACAUGUUGCUUAAUUCUCUCUACCUAGCAAGUUUACCUUUCGAUUGUUUAUGCAUCUUAUUAUAUGAACUGAACGUUUAUCUUAUAUAUGUUUGAGACUUUUAUUAUCUAUACAUAAAAUUCAUAUAAUCACCUUUGAAUAUCCGAAUA